GCCAACCACACAAACUCAAGAAUAUCUAACCACCGCUGUUCUCUGUCUUCAAUAAUGGCGCGAGAUAAAUUUGAGGUUUCACCUUCAGUGGCAAAAUUCGAUGUCCCCAUCGCCGAAUUCUUCGCAACAAACCCCCAGUACACCCAAUUUAUAACUGGCGCCUACAUAUUCUCCCGCGGAUCUGACGCCGCGAAUUCUGAGCCUCGAGUUCUGCUACUCCAGCGCGCAUCGUCAGACGACUACGGCGGAUACUGGGAAGGCCCAGGUGGUUCCUGCGAGCGGACCGACUCCACAAUGCUCUCAGCACUGGCCAGAGAAGUCUUUGAGGAGAGCGGACUGCACGUGUCGCGAGUUGUGGACUUGGUCGCCCUUGAAGAUUGGGAAUCUGGAUCCACCACCAAGGGAAUCACCAAGGCUGUCAAAUACUGCUUUUUGGUGGAAGUUUAUGAGCAAGUGAUGAGACCCCAGCAGGGUGAUUUGGACUGGGAGCAGCAGGUGAAGAUCGUGCCUGAGGAACAUGAGCAAUUUCAAUGGGCAAGGGAGGAAGAGGUCAGAGAGGGCGCAGAGAAGGAGGAAGGGAGAUUCCGGUUCUGUGGAAAGGAGGGAUUCAAUUUCUUGAAAGCUUUCGAGGCGUUUCGCGGGUCAGACUAGAUAUUUGGCUGGUGCAGCCAUGUAAUGGCCAUGCAGGCUCUUGCUUCGUGGGAGACAGGAGUUUACAAACGCCACGGCCAACAGUAACAAAUGCAAAUACUGCCUGUCGCUGUGCAGAAACAGGGAAUGGGCCCUGUCCCGGAAUAAUACGGCGCCAAGGUGCAGCGACAGUGAAAAGAUAAAAACUACAAAUAAAUGAAUAAAUACAAAUUUCAAUCAGGCAGCCAAGCCUCGGCGCUGCAGAGUUCCUUAACCGGUG